UAUUUCUGCUGUAUCACGGCGAUUAGGCUAUUAUUAUAAACUACAAAACAAUCAAAAGGAAGGACACCUGCACACCUAGCGUGGUUUGUUGAUUCCAGCAGCGUUUCGUCAAGAACCAGGGAGUUAAACACAGAGGUACUGCUAGAUUUCUUUGAUUUGAAAGUGGUCUUAAUUAAGGUCAAAUUGUGACAUUACCUCAACCUCAAGAUGGGUUCGGAAGAAAUACAGACAGAUUUCAUGACGUUGACUCGUUUCAUGUUGGAGGAGCAGUCGCGGUGUGAGGGCGCUACAGGGGAGAUGACGCAACUACUUAACUCACUCAUGACGGCAAUUAAAGCAAUCUCAUCCGCAGUCAGAAAAGCUGGCAUUUCUAAACUUUUUGGCAUCGCUGGGACAACUAAUGUCACAGGUGAUGAGCAGAAGAAGCUUGAUGUCCUCUCCAACGAUCUGAUCAUCAAUGCUCUCAAGUCUUCCUUCACGACCUGCGCCCUUGUCUCGGAGGAGAAUGAAGAGGUCAUCGUGGUGGACAGCAAGAAGGCUGGAAAGUACAUUGUGGCCUUUGACCCCCUGGACGGGUCAUCCAACAUAGAUUGCCUGGUGUCCAUCGGAACGAUAUUCUCCAUAUGGAAGAAGGAGACACCAGGACCAGUAUCUCUCAAAGAUGACGUACUCAAACCUGGUACCAAUCUCGUCGCAGCAGGUUAUGCAUUAUAUGGAAGCGCUACCAUGGUGGUACUGACCACAGGAUGUGGUGUCAAUGGAUUUAUGUUGGAUCCAGCCAUCGGGGAGUUUGUCCUCACUGACCGUGCGAUGCAAGUGAAGCCAAGAGGUAAAAUCUUCAGCAUCAAUGAGGGCUAUGCAUCGUCCUGGGACCCUGCUAUUACAGAGUAUGUCAGACAGAAGAAAUUCCCUGAGGAGGGCAAGAAGGCAUACAAUGCACGCUACAUCGGGUCCAUGGUAGCUGACGUCCAUCGUACAUUGGUGUAUGGAGGGAUAUUUUUAUACCCUGGGAACAAGGCAAGCCCCAAUGGAAAGAUCCGUCUGUUGUACGAGUCCAACCCAAUGGCGUUUAUCAUGGAGCAAGCUGGUGGUCUGGCGACCACUGGGCAAGAGAACAUCCUAGACAUUCAACCCACCCAGAUACAUCAAAAGUGCCCCGUCAUCAUGGGCUCUGAAGAUGAUGUGAGAGACUUCCUGGCUAUCGUUAAGAAACUUAAGAAGUGAAACGGAGAAGUCCAAGAGAGUGGCCUACCUUCAUAGAGCUGCUAAAGGCACAAAAAGUAGCUAAGCGCAACAAAAUUAUGUUUAUGACUAAUAAGGUUACCAGGCAAACUAUCAUACCCUACAACUGUUACACAGUAUUUUUUGCUUAAGCGACUCUAUGAAUUUGGGCCCUGGGUCCAAUUUGAAUUCAUAGAGAUGCUUAUAAGCACAAACAAAUACAUGAGCACAAAACAAUAUGCACUGUUUAUGACUUGUUUUAUGUGAGUUUUUGCUUAGCAGGUUAUUUCCUGCUUAAGCGGCUCUAUGAAAUUGGCCCCUGAUGUGGAUAAUGUCUGGCUGGUGUGCCUGGAAUUUUGUUACGUAAACUUUUAAAAUUCUUCAACAGCCAGACACCCUCCCCAACACGACUAAACAAUAAGACAGAAAA